CGGUAACGGAAGCGGUGCCGGUUUUCGGAAUCUCCGGGAGGUGCUCGAUCGUCGACGAAACGAUUGACCGACUUUCCGUUUCCGGCUGGCCGGGGAAGGGAACUGGCUUGCCGCUCUCAGCCAUCUUUUGUGCUCUUCUUUCUAUUUUUCCCUUCGUGUUCUGUCUUUUUUUUUUUUAUCAGAUCUCUGUUUUUAAUAUAUUUUCCUUCUUUGUUACUCGUUGUACUUCCUUAACAGCGCUUUGGCCUUGAUUUUUUUAAUAUUUUCAUCUGGUAUCUUCUUUCUAGAAUAGACACAUAUAUAAUAUAUAUAUCUUAUUUCUUUCCAUAUAAGCAAGGGAGAGGAGGAGCGGUUUCGGUCGCUUUCGCUGCUUCCUCAUAGAAGGGAAGCCAGUGGGUCCUGCAUGCACUGCUUCUUUUCCUCACCCUCCGUGCAGAAUGCUUUUGUUGAAGCCCCCUACUUUUCUUUAGUUUCUGCUUUUAUAGUAUAUAUCUAAAUCUUUUCUUCUUGCCUGGUACCACCUCUUUCCUUACAUCGUUAUCCAGGUUUUUGUUUCCAGUACUAUUUUGUACAUAAAAAUUUAAAAAUAAGUAGAUAAAAAAACGAAGUUUUUCUUUACUUCCGACCUGUAGAUAGUUUUCCCGUCUGGUGAUUCCCCCACGUAGGGAAGUAGCAAUUUGACAGGAGAGGAAGGGGGAAAAAAGGAAAAAUACCGGGAGAGAGAGAGAGAGAGCAUUUAGAGUUCGGUGUCGGGGGAAGGCUUUGUUUUGUUGUACGGAAAAUGGAGCCGGACGGUGACCAUCUGCAUCAGCAGCAGCAUGCAGAGGCUGCGGAGGAAGCAAUGGCGAUGGCUGCCGCCGCGGCCACGGUGGCGACGUCGCCGGCAGGAGCGGCGGAUAACAAAGACAAGGGCAAGAGGAUUUGGAUUCCAGACGAGGGACCAAGCAAUCCGCCGGACGAUCUCAUGCUGGAUAUCGAAGGAGACGAUCUCAUCUUCUCCGACGCGGCCUUCUCCUGCCUCCCCGACUUCCCGUGCCUCCCCUCACCUGCCAGGUCUCCUUCGUCAUCAUCGGCUUGCAAUCUUUUCCACAACACAAGCCUCGCUUCAUCCUCCUCGUCUUCUUCCUCUUUCCUCUUCGGCUCGGACGGCGGUGGGAGCGGCGGGGGCGACUUGCAGGCGGUCGCGUCCUCUUCCAACGGUGAGAGGAUGAUGCCGUCGGAGGUGGCGUCCGAUCUUUUGAGCAUGGAGUUGGAGGGGCUCGACAUUCUCGGCGACAUGGGCCUUUUCGACCUCUCGGAGCAGUGGAACCCUGCUUCACUGUUUCCGGACAGCAUGACGAUGAAUGGAGAAGCGACAGCGAGCACGAGUGGCCCGGGGCCGUCACCACCAUUGCAUGCUAUGGCCGGAGAAGUAAGGCCACCCGGGGAGGCUGGAGUCGGAGGGGGAGCUGCCAGGGGGGCGCCGGUGGGUGGACCGGAGGAGGAUCCGGAGGAAAUGGCGAGGGUGUUCUUCGAAUGGAUGAGGAUCAACAGGGACGCCAUCUCUCCCCAGGAUCUGAGAGAAAUCCGGAUGAAGAGAGCCACCAUAGACUGCGCCGUACGCCACCUCGGUGGAAACCGGCAAGCCCAAGUACAGCUGCUGAAGCUCGUCCUCACCUGGGUCCAGGCCAACCACCUCCAGAAGAAGAAACGCCGUAGAAGCCAGAACGAGCACCAAGAUCGGCCGGAACGGGCCGCGCAACCACCGUACCCUUACCACCACCAACACCAGCAGCAGCCAUUUGCUUCUCCUAAUCACCAUCUCCCUGUUAUGUCCUCCGACGUUCCAGUGAACCCUAACCCUAAUCUUGACUACAGCUACAACGCAGAUUCCCAACGCCAUGGUUGGAAUAUUCCGUAUCACGUUGAUCCAACGACCGGCGUCGCAUUCCCAGUAAUGAUGCCGGUCUAUGGUGGCGGCGGUGGUAGCAGUUCCGGCGGUGAGCCGGCAUAUCCUGGUCCGGCAGCGGCUGCUAAUUACUCUUACCACCAAGGCGGCACCAGCGGCAUUGUGCUCAACGGCCAGCCAUUUUCUCCAUCACCUGACAUGCAUGCAGCGGACCACACAGCUGCGGCAUGGCCCUCGCAAUAUGCUGCAGCUCCGGCACAGUACGUGCCAUUCGGGGGCGCCGCCGGUCCUCAUCCAGCUACAAUGCCGCAGGCACAGUACCCGGGAGGUUUUGUCAACCAGUACCCGGGCCAUGCACUGUACCAGCAAGGCCAGCGGCUCGGUGGAAUGGCCUCGGUCACGAAGGAGGCCCGGAAGAAGAGGAUGGCUCGGCAGCGGCGCGUAUCUUCUCUCCACAGCCACCGCAGCCAGCCACAGCAGCAGCAGCAGCAGAACCAUCACCAGGCUGAGUCGAGCUCCUCGAGAGCUCCCGCUGAAGGAGCGAGUAGCAGCUCCUCAAAUGCUAAUAAUAAUAACAACAAUAAUAAUAAUAAUAAUCACAAUAAUAAUAAUAAUAAUAGGACGUGGAGUUUCUGGUCUUCUUCUUCCUCAUCUCGUCAAAAGAAUCCGAUGGUGGAGACGCCGCCACCCCCUAAGUCCUCCAUGCAACAACCACAGCUGUCGCCAUCCAUGCCUCCACAGCAGCAGAAUUCUCACCGAGAUGCAGCAUCGUCUACUGACAGACGGCAGGGUUUGAAAGGGGAGAAGAAUUUGAGGUUCUUGUUUCAGAAGGUGUUGAAGCAGAGUGACGUGGGUAGCCUGGGAAGGAUCGUGCUACCCAAAAAGGAAGCGGAGAUCCAUCUACCGGAGCUCGAAGCAAGGGACGGGAUAUCAAUUCCAGUGGAGGACAUAGGCACCUCCCAAGUAUGGAACAUGCGGUACAGAUUUUGGCCCAACAACAAGAGCCGCAUGUAUCUCCUGGAGAACACAGGAGAAUUUGUUCGAUCCAACGGCCUGCAGGAAGGGGAUUUCAUCAUCAUUUACUCCGACAUGAAGUGUGGAAAAUAUAUGAUAAGGGGAAUAAAAGUUCGUCCGCAGCCGGAGAGAGGUCGGGCCAACAGGAGCGUGGCUAGGAGUCAUCUGAAGAGAAGCAGCUGGGAGAGAGGCAGCACGUCGAGGAUGAGGGGGAGCAGCAGCCAUGACGGCAUCAAUGAUGAUCCGGGCAUGCCCUCCUCUAGUGCUGCUUCACCUUUUAUGAUCAAGAUGGAAGCCAGCCCAUGAGAAGUCCCUUGAGUCCCUGAUUGCAGGCUCUACUUUGGUCUUUGCUUAUAAGGAGUGUUUUGUUGUAACUAUAUAUUACUGCUUAUAUAUAUAUGUAAGUAGCUAUCUACAAUGAUGUUAUGAGGAGUUCCUGUUUCUCUCUCUUCUUGCUGCUUAACUAUGGAAGUUGAUAUAUUCAGGGAAAAUGCCAUAAACUUGUUUUUUUAUAAAGAUGGUUUUCCAGCGAGUGG